CCCCACCACAGAUAUAAUGCAAGUACUGAAGACAAUAUGAAUAAUCAUACUUCAAUGUACACUUUCAUGUUGAUGAGAUUUUCUGCUGACCGAGAACUACAGAUCUUGCACUUCUUCAUAUUCUUUGCUUUGUACCUGAUGACAGCAACUGGGAACCUUCUCAUUAUCAUUGCAGUGGCCUUUGAUUACCACCUUCAUACCCCAAUGUACUUCUUCUUGUGCAACUUAGCCGUAUUAGACCUUGGCUCCGUAUCAGUCACAAUACCCAAUUCCAUGGCUAUGUCCCUUAUGGAUGACACGUCAAUUUCGUAUGCCGGUUGUGUUGCCCAAGUUUUUUUUUAUUUAUGUUUUGCAGCAUCCAAUUAUAUUGUCUUAAUUAUAAUGGCCCAUGAUCGCUAUAUUGCAAUUUGCAACCCAUUGCAGUAUGAAAGAAUUAUGAACAAAAGAGCCUGCUUUCAAAUGGUAGGGAUAGGGUGGAUUACUAGUUUUGGUUAUGCCAUACUGCACACUGGUGGCACCUUUGCAAACACCUUCUGUUUGAAUACAGUCAGUCAAUUCUUCUGUGAAAUUCCACCGUUACUAAAAGUCUCCUGUUCUGACAUUUAUCUUGUGGAAGUUGGGUUUCUUGUAGUGAGCUCUGUUAUUGCACUCGGAUCCUUUAUUUUCAUCAUCAUAACAUAUGUGCAGAUUUUUGCUACUGUGCUCAGAAUCCCCUCAGUACAUGGUCAAAGAAAAGCCUUCUCUACUUGCAUUCCCCACCUGACUGUUGUCUCUGUGCUGAUAUUCACUGGAAUCGUUGCCCAUUCAAGGCCGCGGACUGAUACGUCUUCUGCUCUAGACAUGGCUUUUGCUGUGACCUAUGCCAUCAUUCCACCCCUGUUGAAUCCAUUCAUCUAUAGCUUGAGAAGCAAAGAACUCAAGACCUCUCUGUGGAAACUAUUAAAUGCCAUCCUUUCCUCUAGAUCAGGGGUCUCAAACAUGCGGCCUGGGGGUCAUUUGCGGCCCACCUGAUGACAGUUUGUGGCCCCCUCCUUGCCUGCCCUCCCCGACAUGCCCA